AUGGCCGACGAGAUGAGCAUCGAGUUGGAGGACGGUGAGCUGGCCCCCUCAUCAGUCGUGAGCGGCCCGUCGUCGGCCGCCGCCGACGUUCAACUUCGAGCUCAGCUACGCGAAGCGACGACGGUUUUGCGCCGCCGAGGGCAGACAGACUUGGCCCGGCUGGCUCUCGGCCUGGUCGACGCCGACCUCCGCGACGUGAUGUGGGUUCUUACCGACCAAGUGCGCGGCGGCGACUUCUCCGGUGACCCCUUGCUGUUCGACGCGUUCCGUCACACGAUCCGUAUGCGUCUGCUCAACUUAUCACAAGAAGCUGGCUACGACGACGACGAGGUCGGUGAGGCGUUUCCUGCCAUGGUGCUUGAGGCCGCCCAGUACGCUGCACGACUCGUUCAGGCCUACGACAUCGGCGAUACCUUGGGCGGCGCGGUCGUCGUCCCGCCUGCGUCCGCCGCCGCCGUGCGUAGCCUGGAGAAGCAAACGUUCCGUGCCGCCACCACCGCCGGAGGGGAAGAAGAAGACGACGACGGCGUCACGGAGUGUGGGAUCUGUUUGGAUGAGUUUGUGGAUGGUGGGGAGGUCAGCGUGAUGCCAUGCCCAUCUCGUCGCGAGCACAAGUUCCAUUCUGACUGCAUCUACAAGUGGUUGGCGAUCAGCAACGUGUGUCCUCUCUGCCGCCAUGAACUGCCUGCCUACUACGAGUAG